GAAUACUGUAGGGUAGCGCAAUGUGCGACCAAUGCGAGCUGUGUUUGUUUGCUAUAUUUUGCUUGCGUAGAUUGUGAUUGUUUUUGUGUGUUUUUGUGCUAAAUAUAGAAAUAGGUGGUGCCGCAAAAACAUAUGAAAUUUGAAUUGAGCGAAUAGCAGCAACAGCAGCAGCGCAGCAGCACAUAUUGAAAAUAUGCAAUGUUUUUAAGCUUAUGGCAGGUGAGUGUGCCCCCAAAAUUCAGUUAGCUAUCAGCGCACGCAAUGGAAUCAUCGUCAUCGGCAUCGACAUCGACAUCGUCAUCGAAGACUGUUAUUAAGCGCGGCACGCGAAUUCUCAGCGAAAAACCCUUUGCCUAUGUGCUGAAGUCGAAGUAUCGCCUGGAACGUUGCGACAAUUGCUUAGAGGCCGGGAAGGUGCUCAAAUGCUCCAAUUGCCGUUAUGUCGCCUACUGCAAUCGCAGUUGCCAGCAACAGGCUUGGACGCUACACAAGCACGAGUGUCCAUUCCUCAAGCGCGUCCAGCCUCGGAUUGUGCCCGAUGCGGCGCGUAUGCUCUGCCGGCUGAUACUGCGCCUGGAGCACGGUGGCGAUCUGGAACGCGGCUAUUACACAGAGCACGGCUCACGCAAGUUUCGUGAUCUGAUGUCGCACUAUGCGGAGAUCAAGAAUGAUGCCAAUCGCCUGGAACACUUGGAAUCAUUGCAUGCGGUCCUCACUGAAAUGAUGUGUGACAACAAGAACAGCAGCAGCAGCAUUGUGCCCAAUAAAACCGAACUAAUGAGCAUUUAUGGUCGUCUGAUUACGAAUGGCUUCAAUGUGCUGGACGCUGAGAUGAACUCGAUUGCGACAGCGAUUUAUUUGGGCGUAUCGAUCACAGAUCACAGCUGCCAACCGAAUGCGGUGGCCACGUUCGAAGGCAACGAGCUGCACGUGCAUGCCAUUGAGGAUUUGCCAUGCUUGGACUGGUCCAAGAUCUACAUUAGUUACAUUGAUCUGCUCAAUACGCCGGCUCAGCGGCGUGCCGAUCUCAAGGAGCACUAUUACUUUCUGUGCGUGUGCAGCAAGUGCAUUGAUCCGCAGGAGAUGCAACAAAUGAAUGCGGCCAGUUGUCCAAAUCGCAAUUGUGAUGCCAGCGUCAAUCCGGAGCUGAGUGAAUGCGGCAGUUGUGGCGCCGCUGUAACGCAACAGUUGCGUCUCGACUACGAGGAGAUUACAAAGCUAACACAAAGCAGUCUUGACUCAAUGAAGGAGGUGGCCUAUCUGGACAUGUGCAAACUGUGCUUGGCCAAGCAGGCGGGUGUCUUGCAUCCGUUGAACGUGUGGCAUGUGAAGACACUGGAUGCGGCUUUUGAGGCUGCCAUCGAUGUGGGCAAAUGGUCGGAUGCCUUGACAUUUGGCCAGCAACUGUUGCCGGGCUUUGCAGAGUAUCAUGGCGCAUGGAAUCCGUUGUUGGGACUGCUGCACAUGAAGCUGGGCAAGAUUCAGUUGUUCGAGCGCCGAUACAAAGAGGCUGUGCAUCAUUUGCAGGAGGCACAACGCAUUUUGACCGUCACACAUGGUCGCGAUCAUCGUCUGCUAUUGGAGCAGCUGCGUCCCUUAAUGCUGCAGGCCAAACACGAGAUGAGUUGCUAA